AUGACUGCACACAGCUCGACGGCUCGUUCCGCAGAUACCCUCUUCGCACAACAAGCAGCUUCCUCUGGCUCCUCUUCGCGGCACCCUCACAUCGAAAAGAUCUCGACGGCGGUCACGUUCCCCUCAUCAGAAUGUAGCUCGCUCGAGGCUUCGGGCAGCGAUCUCAAAGAUGCUGCCAGGCGCUCCAGCAGCUCUUCCUCGAUAGCUUCGCCCGCAGUAUCGACUCCCCGCGCCACUUCACCCUCACCUCCCCGCAGUAGGAGAGCGGCUGUCCGCAAUAGCCUCGAUACCACCGCUUCUCCCACCGUUCCCGCCUCGGUGGCCGGGCUGGCGCUUCAGGUGCAGUCAGCAGUCUCGCGCAACGUCACUGGCCCCCUGGUUCAAGUUCUCACCGAUGCCGAGGAGGCAUCUGCCCUCCAUUACAGGUCCGAGCAAGCGUCUCAACAAAGCAGGUCAACCGGCGCAGAAGCGAGCAAUUCUGGCGCUCAGAGCGCACCACUGGCUCGACAAGGAUCUGGAAGUUCCGACUAUGUUACCGCACUCAGCUCGCCUGAACUGUCUCCGACAGACGCCUCGUCGCGCCGCCGCAUUUCUCAAAUGCUCUCCAGCACCAUCAGCGAAGAGCAAAUCGAUGCUGCUCUCGGCUCCAACCUCGCCCGCACGGUCGAUGAUGAAGAUGAAUAUCCGCUCGUUACACCCAAGAUGCAACUACAGGACAGCAGCGAUGGAAGUGGCCUCGAGACCGCGGCGACGCAGUCGGACAUCAGUCGCACACCGUCGACUUCCACCACAGGCUCCAGUCACGCCGGCAGUCUCGACACCGCCAUUAGUUCCGUGCCAUCAGGCACCGAUUUCGAGGACCACUACAAGUCGCAAGCCGAUGAACUUUCGGCAGAUACCCUGCGAGUUGACAUUGGGGACUACAAUUCGAAUGCGCAUCCAAGCCAGGCAUCCCCUGUCUCCCUUAUCUCUGAAGUCGACGGUGCCCUCUUGGAAUACCCCGGUCUGAUCGAAAAUGGAACCGCUGAUCCCGUCGCCGAGGCCAAAUAUACCACAGCCAAAGUUCGUCGAUACGCUGCAUUGCUGGAGCUCAUCGACACCGAACGCAACUACGCAGACGACUUGGCCACCCUAGUUUUGGUUUUCUUCGACAAUCUCUGCAUGAUGCCCUUCUUCAACGAUCAGCCUGCUCGACAAGCCCUGGUCAUGAGGAACUCGGAGGAUCUCCUGCGUACCCACCAAAAGCUGUCGGCCAAACUCGAAUACAUCCUCAUCGACCUGGGCUUGCGCAAGCCUGUACAUCAACGACUUGUUGAAGACAGGAGGACCGAUCUCGAGAAAGCGCUCAGUCCUCAAGCCGACGAGGCCGUCGUCCGCGUGGCCAAGCUCUUCAAUCAGAUGAUGCCAUCGCUCCAGAGCUACAAGGCCUUUUGCUCGCGUCACGGUGAAGCACUUGCGCUCAUCCGCGAAGCCGAGAAGCGCCACGCCGACUGGGAUGCGUUUGAAAAGCACUGCGCCGACGUUCUCCGAAUGACCAGAAUGGCGCAGAAGGGCAGCUCACGACCGCCAUCGGGCGCCAACACGCCCAACGUAUCGGUCAACAGCCCCUCUUCGUACUUUACUCCCAUGACGCUCGCCAACGCCUCGACCAUCUCCAAUGAAUCCACCUCGACGCUGACGGCAGGCACGCAUUCCAGCCCUGCGAGCGCGGCAGUGACGCCCGGCUCCGGAACGAACGCUCUUCGCGAGAACUCCUCUCGUCUGCUCUUCCGUGACUUCCUCAUCAAGCCGAUCCAGCGCCUCUGCCUGUACCCGCUCGUCCUUCAAACGCUGCAGAAGCACAGCUCGGCGACCGGCGACUCGGUCGAGGAGCUCGCCCUUGCUAUCUCGCUGAUGAGGGAGGUCGCUGACCAGGUGGACGAGGCAGGAAAGCGUCGCGAGUCCGAACUUCGGGCAGACCUCAUCUCGUCCCGCAUCGAGCCGAACCAAGGCGUCACCUCGUCCUUCGUCAAGUCUCUCGGCGAUUGUCAGCUGUCUGGUACUCUUGACGUCUUGCACCAUCAUCGCGUGUUGAACCCGCUGGUCGCUCCCUUGCGCUUCAAAUACUUCGGCGUCUUCAUCUACCACAGCUUCCUGCUCAUGGUCAAGGUCCGCAAGAACUCGACCUACGAGUGCCGACAGUGGUUCCCCCUUUGGGCCGCACGCCUGUCCAACGUGGAAGACGAGAGGAAUCUGAUUCCCAACUCCUUCCGCCUGUCCGUCAAGGACCACCACUUCGAGCUGGCUGCAUCGAACGCAAAAGAAAGGCAGCUCUGGAUCGAUCUGCUCUCGCUCGCUAUCUCUCGCGCGACCUUUUCGCCGCCUGGAUCUGAGGCAGCCUUCCCUUGCAGUCUGUUCUUUGGCGACGCCGCCGAUGGUGACAUGCUCGAGGCUUCCGAGGCACCGACGCCAAAUGCAAGCCGACCCUCCGAGUUCGAGGGCUACUUCGACGCAGCCAAAUCUACCACAGUGGAUCCUCUCAUGGAGUUCCUGGCCAUGCAUGCGGCCGGAGCAGCACAGGCUUCUACCUCGAACCAGAAGACCCAGCGCUCCUCGUCCGGCCCUUGGAUGCCCACCGAGAUCUUGCUGCGACAUGCGUCGCCCAACUCGCGGGCGAUCGUGGAUCGUGGCAUGAUCUUGUCAGACUCGGUCAUCUCUGCUCGUAUCGCCAGAGAUGGUGGAGCUUUGUCCACGCUCUACGCCGCCUCAGGGUCUGGAAUUGGCUCGGCUGUUGGAUCCUCCCUGGGUCUCAACCGUCUGUCUGCGAAGGAGACCGCAACGGUCAAGAUCCAGCGACGGAAGAGCUGUGCCGGGUUGCUCGAGAACGCCGAUGCAGACGAGGACCCGAACAACUUGGUCUUCACGGCUACAUUCGUACAGCCCGGCUCGCGCUCGCGAUCUUCGACACGCUUGCAGCUGGACGCGCAGACCGAUCGCGAAGGAUGGAAGUCGUCGCUGCUCAAGAAGGCCAACAGGGUGAGACCCGCCAGCAUCUUUGCGCCCAAUGGAUUGAGUGUCAACACCGAACUGGGAAGUCCGACCUGGGGUCCCGGUUCCACAUCGACACCCACUUCGCCCGUGGCCAAUGGACGCGAACUUCCAGUGCACGAGUUCGGAAGCUUUGGCGUCGUGCCUCUGAGCCCCACCGGGGCUGGUCAGUCGCUGACUUCUUCUCCGACCGCUGUCAGCGAAUCUGCGGGCAACUCUUCGACCAAUCUGCGCGCUUCUGUGACAUCGCUGCCCCCUCGAUCCCGCAACAGCUUCUAUGGCAUGAAGGAGUCCCUCACCAUGACUUUCGGCAGGCGAAGCCGAACGCAGUCAGCGCAAGCUGGCCUCGGCGAAAGCUUCCCUACCAUCGACUUUGGCACCAACUCUGCUCUCUCUUCGACCUGCGCGUCGCCCAUGGCGAGCACAGCGGAUUUACCGCUGGACUUUGCACUUGGCAGCACCUCACGACGACCUUCAGCGGACGGUGUCUACAUGAUGCAGCACAGGACCCAAUCUGGCGGCCGAUCGCGCACCAACUCCAUCACCUCGGUGACGGGCUCGAUUCGAAGAGUGUUCACCAAUGCAUCGCUUGCGACGCUCAAACAUAAGCGUACGCAGAGCGAUGUCGCCAAAUCGCUGGGUGGCGCGACGCAGCCCGAAAGGCAGAUGUCGAUGGCUGAGCUCGAGACACCUUCGACGGAGAACGUGCCAGUCUUGGCCGAAGCUGCUACGAUCCGCAGGUCUGGUUCCAACACUCUGCGAAGGUCGAGGACGAUGCUCAACUACUCGAAGAACUGGUUCCGCGGCUCGGCCGCUGCCAACGUCGUUGAGCGCGUCAACGCGGAGGCCGUUGCGCCCGUGCAGAGUUUUCAGGUUCAGAGGCAGCCGUCGUUCAGGAGCAUUGUCACAGUCCCGUCCACCGACGUUGACUUCGACUCUUUCAAGGAAGUUCCGAAGCCGCACCGGGCCAGCAGCACUCCCGUGACUCGACAGACUUCCGUGCAGCCCGAGGGCAUCAGGAGGGCAUCCGACACGCAGCUGAGCACAAUUGCUGAGCAGCAGCGCGACGGAGGCUUUAUGGCCACUCGACGAGCAUCCAAGGGCUUCAAUCCGCUCAAGUUUCUGCACAACAACCGACUCUCACCGCUUCCAUCGAAGAAUGGCCUCUGA